AUGGCCCGUUCCAACCAGCUUCUCCUCGCCGUCUUCCUGGCUCUCACCGGCGUCCAGGCCGCCCCCCAGCCUGCGCGCUUCGGCACCCCCGUCGUCGCCCGCGCCGCUGAGCCCGCCGAAUUCUCUCCCCAGCCCUCGGCCGGCCCCGGCGGCAGCUCCUUCAAGGACUCGGCCCACUUCCGCGUGUACGGCGCCUCGGACGCCGACGCCACGACCGCCCUCGGCAUGCUCGAGGGCGCCUACGAGUGCUUCGUCAACACCCUCGGCUGGCGCUCCUCCGGCCUGUCCUUCGACGACGCGACCGACGCCGGCCCCUGGUACAAGACCAACGUCUACUCCGUCAAGACGCUCGAGAGCGCCGCGGGCGUGAUGCACUCCGAGCAGGCCUCCGGCGCCGCGUGGCUCGAGGUCGUCGACACCUACCUCACCAAGGCCGGCGUCACCGUCCACGAGUGGGGUCACGGCCUGCACUACCACCAGAACACCUGGGUCGACCAGGCCGCGACGGGCACCUGGUGGGAGACGGUCGCCAACUGGAUCGCUGAUACCUACCAGACGUCCGACCUCUGCGCCGCCGCCCGCGAGAAGCACAACCAGGAAGAGGGCCGCACCGAGUUCGAGGUCAACAAGGUCCUCGGCGACUCGUUCCAGGUCAUCGUCGACGGCACCGUCGACUCGGGCAACUACUACCAGGCGUGGCCGUUCCUGACGUACCUCACCAACAACCCGGACAACAUCGGCGGGCUCGGCAAGGACGCGCUGCACCAGAUGAUGAAGCAGUACAAGGAGGGCAGCAACGAGACGCCGCUGCACACGCUCAACCGCGUCGCGUCCAACAGCACCGCGGGCGAGAUCGUCGGCGCCUACUGGGCCCGCAUGGCCUACGUCGACAUCGGCCACAAGCAGGCGCAGGACAUCUUCCUCGCCGAGCAGUCGCGCAUCAACUUCGCCAACGUCGACGGCUCCGGCUCCGAGUACAAGGUCAAGAGCGCCCGCGCGCCGCGCUACAUGGGCUCCAACAUCAUGCCCCUCAAGGUCAGCGGCGACAAGGUCGAGGUCAAGGUCACCUCCUCGGGCGAGUACACGGCCACCCUGUCCCUCUUCAACGCGAGCACCAAGAAGGGCCGCUACGUCAAGCUCGCCAACGGCGCCGGCUCCGCGACCCUCGAGUCCGGCGAGGAGGCCAGCCUGGUGAUUGCCAACACGCCCAAGGAGCCCAUCCAGUACAGCGGCUUCGAGCUCGCCAACAGCGACGCUAACAAGGGCCUGGACUACUCCUUCACCCUGACCGGUGCCACCGUUGCCUAA